AGAUUGAUUACUGUCAUUAUUGUCAAAAUUUAAUUUUGUUCAUGUAGUAGGUGUAUAUGAUUUGGUGUUUUUUUACAAUUAGAUAACGCCCAAAAUGCCUACCACACCGCCUCAAAUCUCCCCCGUGGAGGAGCAGGACAAAUACUUGCACGACGCAUUGGGUAUAGUUAAAGCUCAGGCAUUCCAAAUGAAGAGAGCUUUGGACAAGAACAAGCUGAUGGACGCUUUGAAAAACGCCUCCGCCAUGCUGGCCGAAUUGAGAACAUCUCUUCUAUCGCCAAAAAGUUAUUACGAACUUUACAUGGCGAUUUCCGACGAACUGAGGCACUUAGAAUUGUACCUAGUGGACGAAUUCCAGAAAGGCAGUAAAGUACCAGAUUUAUACGAGCUGGUACAGUACGCAGGUAAUAUCGUACCGCGUUUAUAUCUGCUAAUCACCGUCGGUCUGGUUUACAUCAAAACCGACACCGCGAUGCGUCGGAAUCUCCUUAAAGAUCUAGUGGAAAUGUGCAGGGGCGUACAGCACCCUCUUCGAGGACUGUUCCUGCGCAAUUACCUGUUGCAAUGCACCAGAAACGUCCUGCCGGACGCGCCCGACACGGACGCCGAGUGCCCCGAGGGCACCGUGAAAGAUUCCAUCGAUUUCGUGCUAAUGAAUUUCGCCGAGAUGAAUAAACUGUGGGUGAGGAUGCAACACCAGGGCCAUUCGAGGGACAGGCGCAACAGGGAGAAGGAGCGCGAAGAACUGAGAAUACUAGUCGGGACGAAUUUAGUGAGAUUGAGCCAGUUGGAGUCGGUUACUUUGGAUAAGUACCAGAAGUCGGUGUUGCCGGGGAUAUUAGAGCAGGUGGUGAGCUGCAGGGACGCGAUCGCCCAGGAAUACCUAAUGGAAUGUAUCAUUCAAGUAUUCCCCGAUGAAUUCCACAUACAAACGUUGAAUCCGUUUCUGAAAUCGUGCGCUGAACUCGAAGCUGGCGUCAAUGUCAAGAACAUCGUCAUAUGCUUGAUGGAAAGGCUGGCAGCUUUCAGUCAAAGAUCUGAUACUAUGGGAGCUCAAGAGACCAGCAUGCUGAAGGAAGUUCAAUUAUUCGAAGUGUUCUCCAACCAAGUGUCUUCUAUUAUUGCCAAUCGUCAAUACUUACCUCCCGAAGAUAUGGUCGCGCUGCAAGUAGCUCUGAUUAACCUUGCUCUUAAAUGUUAUCCGGACAAAAUUGAGUAUAUUGAUAACGUUAUGUUAUCGAGCGUCGAAGUUUUCCAGCGUUUGGGUAUCGAACACCUAGAAUCUCACUCUUCGGUAGCUAAAGAACUACUUAAACUACUCAAAAUCCCUCUGGAUAACUACAAUAAUCUGUUGGUAGUGCUCAAGCUGAAGCAUUACGCCGGUUUGAUGCAGCACCUCGACUAUUUCGGCAGGAAAUCUCUGAGCAUUUACAUUUUGAAUAACGCCUUAGAAAACGAAACUGUAAUACCUACCGCGGAAGAGGCCGAACAAGCUUUUACUCUUCUAAGCACUCUAGUGUCAGACGAUAAAAACGACCAUCCCGUCGGGGAUAUCGAUAUGGAAGAGUUAACCGAAGAGCAGUGCUUAUUAGCUAGAUUUAUACACCAGAUGAAAUCUACCGUUCCCGAUGACCAAUUCCUCAUACUAACAGCUGCUCGAAAGAUUCUGAGCACCGGUGGACCGUUAAGAAUAAAAUACACCCUACCGCCGCUGGUAUUCCAAGCCUACCAACUGGCCUUCAAAUACAAGGAGCUGAAGGACGAAAAGUGGGAGAAGAAAUGCACGAAAAUCUUCCAGUUCUGCCACCAAACCAUAACGGCCUUGGUGAAGGCCGAGCUGGCCGAGCUGCCGCUCCGUCUGUUCCUGCAAGGCGCCCUGGCCAUCGACCAAAUCGGCUUCGAGAACCACGAGACGGUAGCCUACGAGUUCAUGUCGCAGGCGUUUUCGUUGUACGAAGACGAAAUAUCCGAUUCCAAGGCUCAACUGGCCGCCAUUACGCUCAUCGUAGGUACUUUGGAACAGAUCAGCUGCUUCUCGGAGGAGAACUCCGAUCCGUUGCGAUCGCAGUGCGCCCUGGCGGCCAGUAAGCUGCUCAAGAAACCGGAUCAAUGCAGAGGCGUCGCCACCUGUUCGCAUCUGUUCUGGAGCGGCCGGAGUCUGGCCAAUAACGGCGAGGAAGCGCGCGACGGUAAAAAAGUCGUGGAAUGCUUGAAGAGAGGUAUUCGAACGGCCAAACAAUGCAUGGACGUGUGCGUUCAAGUGCAAUUGUUCGUGGAAUUGUUGAACCACUAUGUAUACUUCUUCGAGAAAGGCAACGAUCAAGUCGAUGUUGACGUGUUGAACCAGCUGAUUGCUAAGAUAAGAAGCGAAUUGGCGAAUUUGGAGAAAUCCGACGAAGAAGCGCAGGUGGCGAAGCAUUUUAGCAAUACUUUAGCUCACUUGGAAUUGAGAAUGGAGUCGCCGGAUAGCGACAGGGAGGCUUACAAAGGUCUAUCGUUGCUCUCUCUGGCCGACGACGAUAAAAGCGAUUCGAAGAAGGUCGAAGCUAAAUAGAAUAUCGAAUUAGAAUUAUUUUUUAACGUUUCUCGGAUUCGUUUUGGUAGUGCUUGUAAGUUUCAUCUAUUUGUGUAUAUAGUUUAGCGCGUACUUUUUUAUUAUUUUCGUAAUCGAUUAUAGUUUAUCAGAUCAUUCCUGUAGGUUCGUUUUAUGAUUAAUUCAUAUGGAAUAUUUGAUUAGUUUAUCGUUGGAAUUAGGUCCGAUUAUUAUCUUUAUAUCUUCAUUAACGGAGUAUUAUUAUACAGCAAAUGCGCGGGUAUUUGUUAUUGUUGACCAUGAUAUAUUUAGAAAACCAUUGUAUUUGUAAUUAAUAUAAUUUACUGAAGAGUUACACUAUGUAAAUACAACGAUUCAGAUGCCUA